AUGGGCUACAGAAUGAGCCUCAAACCCCCUCAGGGGCCUGGGAAACUACAAGACUCUUCCAAUGGCUCCCACUUCCAGGUGAAAGAAUUCAUCCUUAUGGGACUCCCUGGAAUCCAUAGUUGGCAACACUGGCUGUCUCUGCCCCUGGCAUUACUCUACCUCUCCUCCAUCGGUGCCAAUCUGCUCAUCUUUAUCACCAUCUGGAAGGACCCCAAAUUGCAUCAGCCCAUGUAUCGAUUCCUAAGCAUUCUGUCUAUAGUGGACAUGGGCCUGGCCACCACCAUCACACCCAAGAUAUUGGCCAUCUUCUGGUUCGAUGCCAAAGCCGUCAGCCUCCCUGAGUGCUUUGCUCAGAUCUAUGCCAUACACUGCUUUGUAGGCAUGGAGUCAGGCAUCUUCCUCUGCAUGGCUUUUGACAGAUAUAUGGCUAUUUGCCAUCCCCUCCGCUAUCCCACCAUUGUCACAGACUCUUUUGUCUUCAAAGCCACAGUAUUCAUGGUGCUCAGAAAUGGACUGGGUGUUAUCCCAGUGCCUGUGCUGGCUGCUCAGAGAGAUUACUGCUCCUCCAAUGAGAUUGAACACUGCCUCUGCUCCAACUUGGGGGUCACCAGCCUGGCCUGUGAUGACAGGAGGCCCAACAGCAUUUGCCAGAUGAUCCUGGCCUCACUGAUAAUGGGGGUUGACUUAACCCUGAUCAUCCUUUCCUAUGUCUUGAUCCUCUGGUCUGUGCUAAAGCUGAACUCGGCAGAAGCUGCAUCCAAAGCCUUGAGCACCUGUAGCUCCCACCUCAUCCUCAUCCUCUUCUUCUAUACUGUUAUUGCUGUGAUUUUUGUCACCCACUUGGCAGGGAGAAAGUAUCCCCUGAUCCCUGUGCUCUUUAAUGUACUGCACAAUAUCAUCCCCCCAGCCCUCAACCCUAUUGUGUAUGCAUUUAGGACUCAAGACCUCAGGCUGGGCUUCCAAAAGGUUAUCUUUGCUGAAAUCACCAAACAGGUGGCAACUAGGUGA